AUGAUUAAAUCCUUCGUCGGCCUCCUCCAGUCCUCGCCGGAAAAACCCCAUUUCGCCACCCAAACGGAAUCCAUUACCCACCGCCGGCACAUCAAAGUGACCGCCGGAAAAUCAAGCCCGAAGGUCUCCGGUCGAAACCUCAGGGUCGCCAUCGUCGGCGGCGGUCCGGCCGGCGGCUCAGCCGCGGAAACACUAGCCAAAGGCGGCAUUGAAACAUUCCUUAUCGAAAGAAAGCUAGACAACUGCAAGCCAUGCGGCGGAGCCAUUCCACUUUGCAUGAUCGGAGAGUUCGACCUUCCACUUGACAUCAUCGACCGAAGGGUGACGAGAAUGAUGAUGAUAUCGCCGUCGAACGUUGCCGUCGAAGUUGGAAGAACCCUUAAACCCCACGAGUACAUUGGCAUGGUUAGGCGUGAAGUGCUAGACGCUUAUCUCAGGGACCGUGCAAAGCAAAACGGGGCGAACAUCAUUAACGGGUUGUUCUUGAAAAUGGAUAUUCCCAGAGAUCAGAACUCACCCUACGUGUUGCAUUACUCUGGAUUUGACGAGAAAUCCGGUGGGGUCGCUGAGAAGCGCACGUUAGAAGUUGAUGCUGUGAUUGGUGCUGAUGGGGCUAACUCCAGAGUCGCUAAGUGUAUCAAUGCUGGUGACUACGGCUAUGCAAUUGCAUUUCAGGAGAGGAUAAAAAUACCGGAUGAUAAAAUGGUGUAUUACGAGAACCUUGCUGAGGUGUAUAUGGGUGAAGAUGUUUCUCCAGAUUUCUAUGGGUGGGUGUUUCCAAAGUGUGACCAUGUAGCUGUUGGCACUGGCACUUUUACACACAAGGGAGACAUCAAGAAGUAUCAACUAGCAACAAGGAACAGAGCAAAGGACAAGAUCUUGGGAGCGAAAACUAUUCGAGUGGAGGCACACCCUAUCCCAGAACAUCCUCGACCACGAAGAAUGAUGGGUAGAGUAGCACUAGUUGGUGAUGCUGCAGGGUAUGUUACAAAAUGCUCAGGCGAAGGCAUCUAUUUUGCUGCAAAGAGUGGGAGGAUCUGUGCAGAGGCAAUAGUUGAAGGGUCAGAGAAUGGUAAGAGGAUGGUGGAAGAAGGGGAUUUAAAGAAGUACUUGGAGAAAUGGGACAAGAUUUAUUGGCCAACUUUUAAAGUGUUGGAUGUGUUUCAAAAGGUGUUUUAUAGGUCCAAUCCUGCUAGGGAAGCGUUUGUGGAGAUGUGUGGAGAUGUGUAUGUGCAGAAGAUGGCAUUUGAUGGCUAUUUGUACAAAAAAAUUGUACCUGGAAAUCCUAUGGAGGAUAUCAAGUUGGCUAUUAAAACCAUUGGGAGCUUAAUGAGGGCCCAUGCAAUCAAUAGGGAGAUGAAUAAGCUCAAUGUAUGA